ACUUUCCGUCGUUCUGGCGUCCUCCUGCCCUCCCCUCCAUUUCACCCCCUCCCACCAGUUCCUCAUUUUCUCAUCCUCUUCUUUCUUCGUGCCUUUUUCUCUUUCUUUCUCUGUCUGCAAAUCUGUGUCAUUCUCUUGUGGAGUAAAACCAAGAACUAAGAAUUUUGGUCAUCUUGGGUUAACAAGCCAGCACCAGUUCACUUCUCCACAAACAGAAAAAGAAGGAAGAGCUGGAGAAAGAGAAAGAGGGGGAGCAAAAAGUCAGUGAAAUAUUGGAUCCAAACUCAAAGAAAGGGAAAAAAAAACAGCUUACAGUGAGAUUCUGUUGCACAAGGAUGUGAGGAGUGCGUUGAUGCUGAAGCGAUAGAGAGACAGAGAGCUGUGAGUUUGUCCGUGCCGGAGCUCCACAUCUUUCCGCGUUCCCUCCCUCCAUCUCACCCUCCUCCCCAGUCUCAUAGCUGAGGCUGUGUUUUAUCUGCAGCUUGACAGAGCGGAGCUGUGCAGAGCAAAGCGAAGCGGAGCAAGCGGGCAGAGAGCUGCAGCGCAGGCUGUCCCCUCUCCUGUCACUCAACUCUACACUUGCAGGUUAGGAAGAGCGCGCAGGGACAAUUUCCAGGUGUCGCCCACAAAACAGCGCGCCUGCACAAUCUCACCGGCUGCUCGGAAACACCCACACACUCACAAAAACAGGUUGCGUUGUCAUGAAAGGAGCAGCCAAGGGGGUGAUCCUGCUGCGAAAAGAAAGUAAAGACAUAUUGGAUUCUGGCUCUAAGAGCCAGCAAGCGUACGAAGACCAGCAGGAUAUCUGGAGCUUCCCGACAAGAGGAGUCCACGAGAUCAGCCUGAGCUGCGUUUUAUUUGCCAGGAUCCUACAUUAACAGGGAGCUUUUUCUCUUUCUGUGGAGUUAGCUGCUGUCCUGACUAUUGGAAGGUCACUUUUUCUGAGAUCCUUGUAAAUCUGCUUUACUGUCUUCAGUAAGGAGGAGGAGGAGGGUGGGGGGUGUGAGCCAUGCUCCCCAAAGGAAAGCCCCAGGAGGGCCAGCUGUUCUGGAUGCUUCUUGCAGUGGGAUGGAUGGUGUUGGGUUCUGCUUGGGGCUCCCCAUCCUCGUCAUCAGAUCUCCAUCUCCUGUCCCCUACCCCUGGUGCCCCCAUGCCCCCGGCCGUGCCUCGGCCUGAUCACCCACAGGGUCCCCAGGGGCCCAGGCACCACCAGCCACCUGUGCCCAUUUAUCGCUCCCCGACCUCUCUUCGAGCUGGCCACGCUGGCACCACCUACAUCUUUGGCAAAGGAGGAGGCCUGAUCAUGUACACAUGGCCCAACAACGAGAGGCCGAGCACACGGACGGACCGACUGGCUGUGGGCUUCAGCACCACCAUCAAAGACGGCAUCCUCGUCCGCAUCGACAGCGCCCCUCGUCUGGGUGACUACAUCAUGCUCCACAUUGAACAAGGCAACGUGGGUGUGACAUUCAACAUCGGGACGGUGGACAUCAGCGUUAAGGAGACAACAACAGCAGUAAAUGAUGGUAAAUACCAUUUGGUCCGAUUCACCAGGAAUGGGGGCAACGCAACCUUGCAGGUGGACAACUGGCCGGUCAACGAGCACUUUCCCACAGGCAACAGCGACAUUGAACGCUAUCAAAUGGCAAAUAAGAAAAUCCCGUUCAAAUAUACCCGGCCAGUAGAAGAUUGGCUUCAGGAGAAAGGCCGGCAGCUGACAAUCUUCAACACCCAGGCCACCAUCUCUAUUGGCGGAAAUGACCGAAAGCGACCCUACCAGGGCCAGCUCUCUGGUCUCUACUACAAUGGCCUUAAGGUCCUCAACAUGGCCGCUGAGGGCCACCCCAACAUCAAGGUGAACGGCAGUGUGCGCUUGGUAGGUGAUGUGCCUUCAAGCCGGGGGGCAGCGCGUACCACCACCUCAGUACCACCAGAGAUGUCCACCACCUUUAUCGAGACCACCACCACCCUGUCAACCACAACUACUCGCAAACAGCGCUCACCACCCACCAUUCAGACAACAGAUGACAUUGUCUCAUCGGCGGAGUGCUCCAGCGACGACGAGGACCUGGAGGAGUGCGACUCCGGACAUGCAGUUGACAAAACUGACGGAGGGGAGCUAGUCAUCCCCGUACUAGUCGAAGACCCCAUAGACAUCCCUUCUGUAUCCACCCGUUCACCCUUCAUCCCCUUACCCCCUACCCUCCGCCCUGUCCUCACCAUUAUUGAGACCACCAAAGAAUCCUUGGCCAUGGCCACUGAGGCGGGGGUACCUUGCUUGUCGGACCGAGGCAGCGAUGAUUGUGAUGGUGGUGAUGGUGGUGAUGAUGGUGAUGAUGAUGAUGAUGAUGAUGGCAUGGUGAUUUCGGGGUUUGGCUCUGGCGAAGCUUUCGACUCUAGCCUGCCCCCGACUGACGAUGAAGAUUUUUACACCACCUUCUCCCUGGUAACAGAUAAGAUCUUGACCACAUCGGCCUAUGAAGGUGGCUACAAAGCCCUCGCGCCCAAGUGGGAGGCCAAGGACUUGAGGCCUAGCAAAGCCUCAGAGGCAGGUAGGACUACACCCACCUCGCCUCUGCCUGACAUCAGGGGCACACCGCCAGCGGCGGUCCCCUCGGACACGCCACCCAAGCUGCCUGCAGGAAAAAUGAACAAUCGCGAGGUAAAACCCCCGCAGCCGGACAUAGUCCUGCUGCCUUUGCCAACAUCCUUUGAUGUGGACGGCACCAAGCCAAGGGGCCCCUUCAUCACCUCGCCCAUGCUGCGCACUGUGCCUGCCGCCUUGCCCACGGUGCCUGGCGUGGUGCGGCGAGUUCCCCCUGGGGCCUCAGAGGUGAUUCGGGAAUCCAGCAGUACCACGGGCAUGGUGGUGGGCAUUGUCUCAGCCGCCGCCCUCUGCAUACUCAUCCUCCUCUACGCCAUGUACAAGUACAGGAACAGGGACGAGGGUUCCUACCAGGUGGACGAAACGCGCAACUACAUCAGCAACUCAGCACAAACCAAUGGCGCUGUGGUGAAGGAUAAAGCACCCAGCGGCAGCGCCAAAGGCAGUGCCAGUAGCAAGAGACCGAAAGACAAGGACAAGGAGUAUUAUGUAUAGAAAUCAAGUCAUUUUCCAACACAUAAAAACAAACUGUUUGGAACAAAGUUAUAAACACUUUUGACAGUACCAUAUUGGCAACUGUGAUUUAAAAAUGAACAAAAUCUAGAGAAACUUGAGACUCACUGAGUCACUGAAACAUUUACAAAAGAACUCUGGCUAUUGGAAGCACACUUACUAUUGUAAGCGUCACAAAGAGACAAUGCAGUACAGCUUCAUCGGGACUUCACGUGGACUUUUUUAAGGAGUCCCUGCUGGAGACAUGUGGCAGUGUGAAUAACAUCACUCUUACACCCACACAACCCCAAGUGACUGUGAAGAGGUGUGUGAUCCUUGGAGUUCUAAUGACCUUGUCCAUUGUAACCCUGUAAAAUACGAAUCGCUGUCAUUUCGGCCAUUCUGAGCAUGCAUGUGAGGUGUAUGUGAUGUGGUGCUGGCAUCUGUGUAAGUGAGGGACCUCAAGAAACAGUUGGAAGUCAAAAGAUGAUUUAGCUAUUCAAAGGGGUUUGAUUACAUGUAGCUUUCAUGGACGCGACAUGAGGUAAAGUAUAUGUGUACUUAAAAACCGUCCUAUUAUUUCUCUAUCUUGUUGGGUUUUUUUAUUCAUUUGUUGACUUAUCUAUUUAUUGGUUAAUUUAUUUAUUUAUUUAUUGAAUUAAUGUCUGUGUUUGAAGGGUGAUGGCCAGUCAAAGUUGACUAGACAGUGCUCAGUGAAGCAGAAUGUGAUAGUGUUUUGCUUUCCCUCUGUUACAUCUCAUUUUAAAAUUGGACUUCUGUGUAAGGCAUCCAAAUUGUAGAUGGUUUUCAAGUGUGCAAGAGUCAAGGAAUCGGGCUAAUAGCGCAAUGCUUUGUUUUUAAUCAGAAUCUAAAAUCUCUGAUACUUUUAUUCCCCUUCAUAUAAUUUAUUUAAUUUUUGUUGCAUUUACUGACAUGCUUUGGCAUUAUAACUUGUCUAGCUACGGUGUAAUUGUCACAAUCUUAUAUAAAAAAAAAAUCAGGUGAACAGGUGUGAUUAUAUCUGUUGUCACAGAUAACUGUGUCAAAACAGCAAAUAUGUUUACAUAAUUAAUUACAUCUAGCCGUAGUACUUUGCAGGUCAAUAUUGUACAGAAAGUUCAAGUUUCUGUUGAAUUUUUUCUUAUUUCUUAAUCAUCUUCAUGCAUAGACAGUCCAUUCGGUUUUCUUGCUGUAGCAACAUGACAAGCAAAAAAGAAAAAAUCCUUCAUAUUCUUUUGCCCUGGAGAAAAGAAGUGAUUUACAGGAACAUCUGUUUAGGCAGAAAGAAAGUGUUGUUAGAUUAGAAAUCUAGUCUCUCUAGAUGGCGUUUCUCUUCAGUUGCAUGAAUCUCUGACCAUCAGAAGCUGACAGUUGAACAGAAAACACCGCCUUCGGAUGUCGUGCGAGGGACUCCUUCUUCUGGAAUUACUUUCAUCAUGUUAUUUAUUUUUUUAUUGGAAAUUUUAAAAAAGAAAAAAAAAACAGAAUACAAGAAUAAAGAUAGAUUAUUGAGGAUUUGGAGAUCUGUGUUAGCACCUUAUUGACUUAAAGGUGUUUUUUUUUUGUUUGUUUGUUUUUUUAUUACAAAUAUUUUUUUCUUUUUUCUUUCUUUUACUGUGACAUUAAUGUCUCGUCUGCUUAGCUUGUCAUUUUUCUUUUUUUUUUUUUUUUUGUUUGUUUUUUCUUUAAUUAUUGUACAGCUAAUUUCAUGUUUAAUUUAUAUGACAUUAUGUUCUGGGGAUUUGUUGGUUUUUAUGUCUUUAUUUACUGCUGAAAUGAUUUGUUCUCAUUCAUUUUCAUGCAAAUCAGUCAGUGUGUAUGUUCACUUUGAGUUUUUGUGUUGGUACUUGCCUUUUUCAACCAGUUAAUUAUUGUCUUAUGCUCCCUUGACUCCAAACAAUUCCCAGAAAUAAAAAGAAAAUGUUGUUCCCAAACGUUUUGGGUCUUA